UGUCCAGAAUUAAUUCCGCUAGUGUACUCGCGAAUAACAAAAUAUUGGAAAAGAAACGGAUGUUUCUGUUUCUGACAACGGAAGAACGAUGUCACGUCAAAAUGUGGAUCUCGUAAAUAAAUCUUUACAACCAUACGAAUAAUGUCGUAUCAAAAAUAAAACCUCCAGAUGAAAUUAACGUACAAUUAAAGACGGCAUAUGAUCGAGGGAGAAAAGUGAAAGUUCCAGUCAAUGAAGGAAAGCGCAGAGAUAACUAUCCUUCCAUACUGCUGGUUAACCGUUUGCAAAUCAUUUUUCAAACGCUAUCCAAAUCCGUACGCUUCUCACGUUCUAUCAGAAGACACGGUGCAUCGAGAGAUAAAGGAUGGGAAAUUUUUAAAUCGAAGAAUCUUCUGCAAGACUACCGCUACUUCGUUACCCAAUUGGCUGGAGAAACUAGUGAAGAAACCUCAGGCACUGAUACUAGAGGAGGCUAUCGUCGACCUCUACGCGAAACGUUUGAUCUCGUUAACGAAGAACCUCGAGCACAAGAAGCUGGUGAUCGCAUCGGAGACGACCGAGUAUAUACCCAGCUACUUCGAUCCGAAUAAAACUGUAAUGACACGACGGACAAUUGUUCGAUCUCCUUUGAAAGGUCUCACGGGUCGAAUGAUCGAAAAAAUUUGUCACGUUGGCGCGAUUAGAAACGCUAAGCAAGCGGUGCAGGGAUUCUUGUACGUUUUAGCUCGAGACAAUGGAAGAACUCCAAGAGGACAGGAUAUCGCGUUCAGUUAAUUUCAUCAUAUGGCUCUAUGUAAUAUAUGGUGUAUUACAUUUACUUGUGUUUUUAUUUGAUUAUUUUUUAUGGUGGAUUAAAUUUCAAACCGAUUCACUUUUGUACACUCUGAAAACCCUGGAUUCUUAAUUCUACAA